AUGCACCGCCAGGCAACGCUUGGAGAUGUCGACUUUAUCACUGGAGACUAUCUCGCGGAGGUCAACCUGGCCAACAACGCGGGAGCCUGGCGAGCCGGGAAGCACCCUGGCUACGAAGAGACAGCAUGGGAGGGCAUUCAGCAGACUAUCGAUGUCAUUGCGGAUAAGGGUAUCAAGGUCCUCAUCAACGGAGGCGCCCUAGACCCAAAGGCCCUCGCGUUGAAGGUCCAAGGACUAGUCCAAGAAAAGAACCUCUCCCUCCGCAUUGCCUACCUCUCCGGCGACGACCUGUACCCCCGUUUUGGCCCUAACAUGCCUACAACAAAAGACCAACUCACUCACUUCGACUCCGCCAACCCCUCUGCCGCCCCAACAUCCCUAACAUACGCCUUUCUUCGCGGAAGCCCAGAUGGCAACCCAAUCCCCAUGGUCUCCGCACACGCCUACCUCGGCGCACGGGGAAUCGUUCACGGUCUUCGCGCGGGAGCAGACAUCAUCAUCUGCGGACGCGUUGCGGACGCCAGCCCUGCCAUCGCAGCAGCUUGGUACUGGCACGACUGGGACGAGGCGGACUAUGAUAGACUCGCCGGGGCGCUAGUUGCGGGACACUUGAUUGAGUGCUCGGCGUAUGUCACCGGUGGAAACUUCUCGGGGUUUGAUCGAUAUGAUAUUGAGGACUUGGUAGAGCCCGGGUUUCCGAUUGCGGAGAUUGACAGCGAUGGGACAUGUGUCGUUACCAAGCAUCCGGGGACGAAGGGAAUGGUUACGACGGACACGGUGCGGUGUCAGUUUUUGUAUGAGCUGCAGGGGACGGUAUACCUGAAUAGUGAUGUCAAUGCGUAUAUUGGAGGGGUGGUUGUUGAAGAUGUGGGCAAGGAUCGGGUCCGCGUCUCCGGUAUCAAAGGCUCCCCACCACCCCCAACAACCAAACUCGCCGUCUUCUACACAGGCGGCUACGAGGCCGAGAUUCUCCUCAAUGCAACCGGGUACGGCACGGCACAGAAGUGGGAUCUCGUCGAGAAGCAGAUCCGUCAUUUCUUGCCCAAGCCUGCGCUUGAACAGCUGGAGACCCUUGAAUUUCAGCGAAUUGGAACGCCGGCCCCGGAUGCAAGAAACCAAACAGCGAGCACAACAUACCUCCGCAUCUUUAUCGCCUCGCAGAAUCCGCAGGCAGUUGCGGCGGUUGGGUUGACGUUGAGGAGUAUCGCGUUGAAGCAUUUCUCUGGCUUCCACAGCACCCUCGACACACGUACCGCGGUCCCCCGCCCCUUCCUCGCUUACUACCCAGCCAUAAUUCCUCAAUCCUCUUUACAAGAAACCAUAACCCUCCUCAACACCAACGGCUCAAGUACGGUCCUCGAAACAGGCCAUCCUCCCCGCUACUCCGCGCUCGAGAAACGAGAAAGCUACGACCCUUGCCCAUCCAAACACGCCUCCCAACCACAACCACUCGAAGAAACGCAACCCAUCCGCCUCGGCGAUAUAACCCUCGUCCGCUCCGGCGACAAAGGCGGAAACCUCAACGUCGGCUUCUUCAUCCCGGACAUCGAACUCGUCUACCAUGUAAAGGACAAAGACGCGGCGUACCAGUGGCUACGCGGCUACCUGAGUAUCUCGCGCAUGAAGGCUCUUCUUGGCGAUGACUGGAGGGAAGAUGAGUACUUUAUAGAGCGUGUGGAGUUUCCACACAUUCGCGCGGUGCAUUUUGUCGUUUAUGGGAUCCUUGGGAGGGGGGUUAGUAGUUCGUCGAGGCUGGAUGGGUUUGGAAAGGGGGUUGCGGAUUGGCUUAGAGAUCGAGUUGUGCAUGUUCCUAUGGGGCUCUAUGGGGCUGCUUGAGGAGUCUUGAUCUUUUGACCUCAGCAUAGUGUGAGUGUAUAGUUAUUAUGACUUUAUAUAACAAACAAUAUUGACGAAUACAUACAUAAUACAUGGCCUUCAAAAGUCGAAGUGUAGAACGUGUAUAGCUGACUAUUCACCAAGUAACGGAAGACAAUCGAGCAUACUCUGGAACGUAUCCUCCACCCGCGUCCCUGGUCCAGGCACCUGUUUGGCAUGGCUCCCAUCCCAACUAUCACUCCGGAAUCCGUCCGAAUACCCAGCUCCACCCUCCCCACCAAUCUCAGAUCCAGACCCAGAUCCCUCAGCCGACGGCGUAUCAGUCUCAACUUCGCCCUUCCUUUCAUUCCCCACAAAAUCCAACUCGGCUUCCCCAAAAUACACCCAUAGGAAGUCGUCCAUUGAGCCCUUGUACACCAAGCUCUCGUCCGCGGCAUCACGCUUCGAGUCCUCCGUCGAAUCCGAGGAGACGGUUCCAUGCGGUGAUGCUGCGCAAGCAGUAUGAGCAGAGACACGAGCCGGGGCAGGAGCGAGAGCGCGGUGCUUCGAGACCGACAUAGAAGGAAAAGAGAAUGGAGACAAUGACAAGGAGUCGGAGUCGGGAGGGAGCGGUGUACGAACGCUGGGCGGCGGAUAAAUGAAGCCCUCGCCCGGUGCGGCACGGAGCGAGAAGAAUUCGUCUACAUAGCGAAGUAGUCGGAGGUAUUCUGUUAAGCGGAGCUGAAAAAGGCUGGGGAGGUGGUUUGGUGUGGUGGUGGUGUAUUGGUAGCCGGUGUUCUCUGUGAGCUGGGUAUUUGAUGCUGCGCCGGUGGCAGAAGGGACGAGACUUGUACUUGAUGAAGGUAAGGCGGAAGAGUUGUUUUGGGAAUGACAGAGUUCCAUCGCUUGCCACGACACAGCUAGGAUCAGGGUCAUAUAGUACUGGCUGCGGAAACAGCGGAAGACCUCGACGAAGAAGACGAGCAUGACCUCGUGGAGCUGCUUGUCUUCUUCUGUGGUGGAGAGUUGGGAUUGAAUGCUUAGCAGUAUUUGCGGAAACAGGGUGUAUGCGACGCUGUG